GCGGGCGCGCGGACAUGGCUGCGGCGGUUUCGGCGGCGGCCGCGGGCUGCGCCCGGGCCUGAGAGCCCAGCGCCCUCCCGCGGGGCCGCCCGCCAGUCCGCGCGGUCCUCAGGUGCAUUGACCGGGAGCCUCUAGCGUCCCGGACACCCGGCGCUUCCGCCUAUCCAGCCUCCCUUGGCCAAAUUGCUGCGGAGCCCAUCGUCAGGGGGCGCCAAGGAGCCAGGGGGAAAACCGUGAGGCGCUGACAGGAGCCUCCCGGCGGUGCUACCCCUCACCUCCCACCUCCCUGCGCCCCGCCCCGAGGUUGGGGCUUUGAAGGAUGCAGUCGGGGACAUGAGUGAUAUUGUCCAGGGACCCGAUCUUCGACUGGACUCUGUCCUUGAAGUCCAGCUUCUCAGAUUUUACUUCCACCUGGCCACCUCCUGGUUUAUGAUGGAUGUUGCCUAAUGAGCCACACUUGGAGGUCACCUUGCUCAGGUCAACUGAUUUGUAGACUAUUUGCACCUUCCCGCCUCCCGGCUGAUGCUUCAGGUUCUCAGUGGAGUCGAUCUUGGACUUGACGUUCUUCAGGUCUGGCAUGGGCACGGGGGCGGUCUGCAGGCGGCUGUUAGCGGAAGACGGCGAUUUGGGUGGAGUACGGACCACCGCCACCUUCUUGGGCUCCCGGGCUGGAGGGGUUGGAAGGGACGGGAUGCGGGAGCGGCUGCCAGGAGUGCCCGGGGAGCCGAGGCUGCUGUAGCCGCUACGAUCCCCUGAUUUUGGAGGUUCACCAGAACUGGGUGGUGUCUUUGGGGCGGGCGGGGUUUUUGCUGGAAUCCUGGUGGCGUUGGCCUGGAUUUUCUGGCCUGGGGGGGCCGCUCCCCUGGGUGUGGCGAUCUUCGUUUUACUAUCAGCCCCCUUGGCUUUUUUGUCAUCGCUUCCAGUUCCGUCUUUGCUUUGACUGAUCUAGUGAGCUUCGGUCACGUGACCAGCAGCUUCAUCUUUCAGGCUGGGGGUGUCUCCAAUGCCUGCUUCUUCAGCUUUCAGGCCAGCGUCCGUGUCACCCUCUUGGUCUUGGAGCAUGGUGUAGCCCUCUUGAUCUUUCCUGUCCCCCAACCCGUACGUCCCAGCGUGAUCUUCCAUCACAUCGAACUCCUGGCGGGGCUCAGCCAUCCUGGUUCAAGGCUCGCCUGAUAGUCGACAGAGGGAAAGCAUUAACUUUUGAGCUACGUCCAGAAUAGCAUCAUCUUCAUGGGUAUUCCCUACUCCUAGGAUUUCAGAAAACCUUUGAUAACUAAUUGAGAAAAUGCAGAAGAUCUUGCAGACAGAUGAAAUUACCGAUACACAAGCUGUUAGAAAAGGAAAGAGGAAAAGGACAGAGACAAUGGACUCAGAAAAUGCAAAUAGUGACAUGGAUAAAGGACAGAGAGACCCAUAUUCGGGAAAUGCCUUUCUGCCUGGUGAAAGCUCCAGUGAGGAUGAGGAGCCUUUAGCAGAAUUGUCAAAGGAAGAAUUGUGCGCCAAAAUAAAAAGCCUGAAAGAAAAACUAACAAACACCCGGAAAGAGAACGGCCGACUUCGACAGUCUUUGGUCAUGCUUCAAGUGUUACCACAAGCAGUCACCCAGUUUGAAGAAUUGGUUGGUAUGGCUGAGGCUCUGCUUAAGGGUGGAGGAACCAUGUCUACAUCUGCAUCCACCCUCUGGAGAGCAACAAACAACUCCUCACCAGAUUCAUUUGCCUCAACGUGCAGUAAUUCUAACUCCAGUUCACCAGAUUCCUUAAAGCCUGAAGAAGAGCAUCAGACUGAUGAGAAACAGUUCCAGAUUGAAAAAUGGCAGAUUGCCCGUUGUAACAAGAGCAAGCCUCAGAAGUUUAUUAAUGAUUUAAUGCAAGUACUUUACACAAAUGAAUACAUGGCCACUCACAGCCUGACAGGGGCAAAAUCCUCUACUUCAAGGGACAAAGCCGUAAAACCAGCUAUGAAUCAGAAUGAAGUUCAAGAAAUCAUAGGAGUAACAAAACAAUUAUUUCCCAAUACGGAUGAUGUUUCAAUUAGGAGAAUGAUAGGGCAAAAGCUAAACAACUGUACCAAGAAGCCAAAUGUAAGCAAAAAUCUUAACUCUCAGGAUAUUAAAUAGAUCCUUUUGGUAUUACAGGUAUCUGAAACAAAGCACCUUCAGUUCUAAAUCUAGCACUGGAUUUUGUUGGAGAAUCGGCAGCCUUCCUGGCAGUGAGCAAGGACAGACAUGUGCAGUGACAGGCUGUAAGACAUAUGUAACACUGCUGAGCUCUCCUAAGGGACCAACAAGCUUGCUGAAGAAGCUGCAUGUAGAUUCCACCCUCAGUACUAGUGAUGCAUCAAACCAGAGAAUUUCUGCCAGUCAAAUAAGCAUGCAAUAUGGUUUCUUUGGAAAUAAGCAUUUCCCAAUCCCCAAACACCCCUCUGUACAGUUAAUUUAACAGGAUAGUCAGAGCUCUUAUCAUAUAGCAGUCAAAACUUCAGCCCAUAAGAUUAGUCAUUGUCCUAACCAAUCAUUGUACAUUGAUUAUUACCAAUGACUUCCCAUUAUAGUUUUUGGAUCUUUAGCAUAAGCACAUGUUUGCAAAAGUAAACAGUGAAAUAAUUAGUGUUGGCAAAUAUGGGAACAACAAAGUCACCCCAAAAUCUGAUAAUCAUGUCUAACCAAGUAAUAAUGUUUUAGCAAUAAAAUUACAGGAUUAUUCUGUUAUCUAAAAAUGUAUAAAAUAGGAAUAUGAAAAAAAUGACAACAGCAAGAUGUUUUAUUUUAAUAUUAAACAAUUCCACCACACUUCUGAAGAAUAAACCUAAGUUUUUGUGAUUGUUAAAACAAUGUAUCAAUUUUCAGGGAAAUCUUUUUGUUUAUCUACCAGACAUGUUCUAACUUUGUAUUGCCCAAAGUAUAUUAAAUACAGAUGUGUAAUAUAAAGCAUCAAUAUCACCUAAAACAUCCUAUAUAAGAUAUAACCUGAUAGAUGGUCGAUUACAUUGCUAUACUGCUUAGUUUUAACUGGUUUAUCUUUAUUGUAGCAGAAGAGAAAUGACCUGAAAAAAAAGUAUGAGUUUGAUAAUCACACACAUGAAAGUACCAUUUUGUAACUCAACAAAAGAUAAAACAUACUUCAUCAAAAGGCUUCUCGCUUGGUGUCAGGUUGUCACAUGUGACCACUCUGCAAUGCGAAGCCAUACUUCUUCAGUGCACAAAGUCAUGUUUAAACUUGGAAAAGAGGAUGCUACAAUAGUUUCAAAGUUCAGUGUUGUGGACCCAGGAAACUUUCCGUAAGUCUUGCUUGAUAACAAUGUGAUUGUACAAAAUAAAUGUUCUUAAGGAAACAACUUAUGUAACAUUUGCUACCUUUACUUAAACAUAAAUAAAUCCCAUUGAAAAGAUAAAAGUUAUUUUCUUCUUGUUUCUUUUUUAAUGUAUAAAAAUUAGGAAAAAUUUUGUUCUAGGCUAAUAGCUUUUUCACUCAUCCAUUAAGGCAUUACCAUUACAAUUUGACUAUGUAGCUCUGACUAAUUUUUCUUGUAAAGAGCCAUGCUAUGUAGGAUAUGUAGACAACAUCCAGGAAAGUAAAUACAUUUAAUAUUUUUAUUGAAAAAAGAUAAUCUUACUAAGAUGUAUGCUAUUUGCUUUAUUAAAAAUGCUACUUGAUAAUGUAA